AUGGCACCCUCACCAAACAAUGACCCCCAGGCCUCGACACCAGUCGACAAAGACUAUUACAACCGUAAAUCUAAGCCAUUGCCGGAAGACCCGACGCUCCGCGGCUACGUUGAGACCGUCCUUCGCGAUGGCUACGUGAUCAUCCCAAACGCCUUCAGCGAGGCGGAAGCUGUAGAGGCCAUCGCCGAGAUCGACAGGCUGCACGGCAAAGACCCCAAGACGGGGUCCAACUUCUUUGAUGGCUACAAGACGAACCGUAUUCUCUCGCUGCUAGGAAAGACACGCGUCUUUGACAAGUUCUGUCUUAUCCCGCAGGUCCUCGCGCUCAACGACUACUUCUUGGAUGAGGAUUACCUAUUCUACAUCAUGGAGACGAUCGUCAUCAACCCGGGCGAGAAGAACCAAGUCCUUCACCACGACGAUGGCGUCGUGCACCUCCCGAGGCCGAGGCCGCCCGUGACGGCUGCUACUAUGAUUGUGCUUGACGACUACACCGAGACCAACGGGGCUACACGGAUCAUCCCGGGCUCGCAUCUGUGGGCAAGCGACCGGGUGGGUGAGGAUCACGAAGCAAUCUCUGCAGUGUGCCCGAGGGGCAGCGUCAUUUACUUUCUGGGGACGACGUGGCAUUCCGGCGGCGCUAACCGGACCCAGAAGCCGAGAUACGCCGCGACUAUCCAGUAUUGCCAGCCGUAUAUUCGUCCUCUCGAGAACCUGAUGUUCGGAAUCGACCCGCGAAGGGUUCUUUCGGGAGAAAUUCCAAAGAAGAUUGCGGACAUGAUGGGCUACCGAAGCGCUAUUCCAUUCAUUGGCUAUGUGGACGGGUUGAACCCACGAAAGGCGGCUAGGCGACUUGUGCGUUGGCUCCAGGCGCCAGUUGAUCUUAAUCCACCGACAUUUGCAAAGGAGGAGGGUGAUAAGGAAGAUCACGUGCUGAGCAAGCUUUGA